AUGAGCGAGAUCAUUGCAACUAGAGAUCAAGCUGCAGCAGUGAGGUUGACAUACCCACCCUUCCGGGAACCUUCCUUCGAAUUGGCGGCAACCCAAGGUAGAAACCUUGCUGAACUGAUUGCCCGCGAACUGAAAAAAUGUCCACACGAACUUCCACAACGACUGCUUCAAGAAGCCGAGUCUCUGGCAAACGUUCAAAUUCCUACUGAGAGAUUGAUUGGGUUCAUUGGCAACUCGGGUGCUGGAAAGAGCAGCUCCCUCAACUCCGUCCUCGACCAGGUCGGCGUAGCAAGAACUGGUGCUUGCGGUUCUGCUGUCACACCUUUCGCCGCAGAAUAUCGCAUCUGCCAGAAGAGACAUCAUUCUGUGUUCACGUUGGAAUGCAAAUUGAUGUCUAAGGGAGAGCUCGGCGAAUAUGUGGGUGACUUGCUACGCGACUUUUCCCGGAUUUCGACGGUCGAUCAGGAGGGCCGAGAUCUCCAGGACCAAAAGAUUUAUGACGACGGCAAGGCAGCGCAGGACAUCUUCCAGGCAGCCUUUGGAGACCUCGAAGACUUUGACAUGGACUUGCUCGAGCACGGCGACGACGACGAAAGCAUAGAGCGGGCGAAACAGCAUCUGGACAAAUGCUGUCAGCAACUCCAGUUUCCAGACGAUAUGCAGGACGAUGGCACCUGGAUCCAAGAAGCGCAAGAUGAAGAGGAAUGUCAGGAUCAACAGUCACUUCUCCAAGACCGCGGUCUCUGGCCUUUCGUCAAACGUCUCUCUAUCUUUUCCAAUAUUGGUAUCCUGAGCCGAGGCCUCACUUUGGUUGACCUGCCUGGAUUCAACGACACGAAUCUUGCGAGAAUCAGAGCAGCCCGCAAAGCUCAAAGUAAGUGCGACGAUCUAUGCCUCGUGGUAGACAUCUCUCGGGCCUGCGAUCUACCCAUUGUCCCGCAGAACUUGGAGCUCAUGCGGGCAAAGGCCGAAGCCCAGCAGGCUGCAUGUCUCAAUAUCACUAUUAUAUGCACACAUUCUGCGGCAGGUUUGGAAUGCAAUGGGACCUUGGAGAAAAUGGUUGGCCGCGCCAAAGUCAGCAAAGCAAGGGAUGAAAUCCGGCAGGCCGAGAAACAGGACGAGAAAGCCGCCAAGGACGCCCAGCGUAAACUUGACACUCUGCUGAUCAAUACUCGAAACGAGAGGGUCGGGAAAGACUUGAAGCGAAAAUAUGGGUCGUAUGUCCAGAACGGAAACUUCAACGUCUUCUGCAUCGACAAUUCUUUGUACUCGAAGGCCAAAACAGAAGCUGAGAGGGAGCUAAGUGGCAUUCCUGCACUCCGACAGCACCUCGAAGACCUUCCCGCGGAGCCGCUGUUCAAAGCUACGGAUCUCCUCCUGGCAAAGGAGAUCCCAGCAUUGAUAGGUUCCUUCGGCAAUUGGGUAGAGUCUUGCAGGGUAGACCCGGAGCUUGAGAGUCGUCCACGUCUUCCAGAAGCGGCGGAGCUUGAGGUAUGUCAUGAAUUCCUCUCGGAAUGGGUUAUGAGGAUGCACGAUGUCUUUGAGAAGUGCGUAAAUUCUCCUCUGGAGGAGGGUGCUGGGAAAAUCUGCAAGGCUUGUCACGAUGUGGCUCGAGUUUGGGAAUCAUGGCCACAUGCAUCAGUGGGCUCAUGGGCCCGGCACGACGGGAACUAUCGCACCGUUCGCAUUGGUCCAAGAUGCUGGAAUGCGGAGCUCUUGAAGUGCUUCAACGACGAAGUGAUGGGUCAAAGCUGGCACGACUUCGAGGUGCAAACCGAUCCUCUUCUGAAUAUCCUUCAGGCUAAUAUUACAGAACGCGUGACGACAUACGCUGCGCAGUGCCGCGAGCUUCACGCACCUGCAAACUUCGAGAAAUCACUCCUGAACCGACUGUACAUUCUGAGAAUCGCCUUGGAAAAUGCCAGAAAGACAUACAUGAAAGAUCUGGGACAGAUGAGGCUCGACGCAAACGGUGCCCAUCAGGAGUCUUACAUUGUGGAUUGUAUGCUUGAGACGUACCGCGAAGCCGGUCGACUAUGCGGACAUGCCGCUACGAAGAAACGCCACGGUAUCCUCCAGCAGCGGGUUUCCAGGGAAGAUUUUGUCCAUGACUUCAGAUCUCGACUGUUCGAGGAAUUCCGGGAGAUCAUCAACCGAGCCUCGGGUAGUAUCAAAACUGCUCUGAGAGCCACAGUCGAGGCCAUAGAGUCCGAUCUCGACGCGAUCCGGCCCAAGGAUGGCAAGGAAAGGUUGUUCAAGACAUUCCCCGAUUACGGAGCGGACUGCGAGCGCAUGUUGUCGAAGGCGCACUCGCAGAUGGAGGAGAUCAACGAACUUGCAGCGAAGGCACGGGCAAUGGCGAAGGAACAGUACAGUUGA